GCUAUUUUCCAUAGAAUGCAAUGUAGUCCUGGACUGUACUGGAACCAACAACAUCUGGUGUGUGAUUGGCCAGCAAACGUCAUCUGCACAGUGGAAGCUGAAGAGGAAGCAUUUGCUCCAUCGACUGCAGCACCAUCAACAGCUGCUCCGCUGACACCCCUUCCCUCGUCGUUGUGCGACGGCUCCAAGAAGGCAAAGCCAGGAAAUACAGCUCAGUAUCAGGAACUGAUACAUGGAAACUGGAUCACCAGAUUCUGUGCUCCAGGAACUGUGUACUCUACGACCAGUUGUAGCUGCAUCACCGGUCAGAAUGCCGCGUCCCCAGUUUGCCAGGCGGAGGUUUACCUUCCUUUCAACAGUGACGUGAACGACCAUUCGACUAACCACCACUAUGUACAAAACACUGGCGUUGUAACUACCAACAGUGGCCACGGCGUCUUCAGCAACAACACCCAACUCCGGAUCCUCCGGUUCUCCAACAUGCAUUUCAGGAAGACUCUGAUCAUCUCAUUUUCUUUCAAACGCACUCAGGCUACAAGCAGAGCUCAGGCUAUCGUCACCAACGAUGACUGCGGGCAUGGUGGCAGCAUCUACAUCACCACUCAGCGGUCAAUAGUGCAGUUUCGUGUUGUCAAUAGCAACAACGUUACGCAUACUUUAAAUGUAUCGUACAUAGCCACCACGUCCUUGAAUGAGGUGAAGCUGAUCGUCAAGGAUGGACUGAUGAAGGUUGAAGUCAAUAACCGCAGAUUACAGAGGACAUUUGAUGGAAACAUCGGGAAAAGCCAGUGUGCACUGCAGGUCGGGUACGGUGAUGGCAUGGACUUCUUCCACGGCGUCCUGGAAGAAUUCAAAGUAUACAUCUGCAACCCAGAGAGCCUGUAGUUGAACAUAGUGUUUCAUCAAGACCUACCAAGAAGUCAAAAUGCCGUUUUUAAAAUCAACUCGCAGUAUUAAACAGUAUGGCGCA